AUGCCAGUCAAAACUGUUGGGUGGAUAUGUGGGCAGGUGUUGAAGAACUUCUCUGGAAGAAUCGAGGGGAUCCAGAAAGCAAUCAUGGGCCUUAAAGAUGAGUUUAAAGAUGAAUUCCCUACCAUCCUAAGAUUAUCACAGUCUAAUCAGAAAAGAGAACCCGUGCAAAAAACAUCCAAAAUCAGAAUGGCUGUUGCUUUAGCCAAGAUCAACCGAGGAACAUUAAUUCGAGGAUUAAACAGCAUAUCCAGAUCCUCCAAAUCAGUUGCCAAAUUUCUGCAGCCUCAGCUUGCUUGCAGACUUUUAGAGUUAAGGGACAUAUCUCAUCGUCUGCUCAAGGAAGUUAAUGCACCAAAGCAACCCCUAUAUAACAUGCAGGUCAGAAAGGGAUCUUUGUUUGAAAUCAUUUCUUUCCCAGCAAAGACUGCUUUAACUAGCAUAAUGUAUGCUUCAUAUGCAGCACUCAUUUAUUUGACAGUCUGUGUUAAUGCUGUGCUGGAGAAGGUAAUGAAAAAUUUCCAAGAAGAAUCCAUAAGGCAAAACAGAGAGGAGAGUGAAAAUCUUAGAAAAGCCUUUUCUGAGCCUGUGCUUUCUGAGCCUCUGUUUCCUGAAGGUGAAAUCAAAGCAAAACCUUACAGGUCAUUACUGGAGACGCUGGAGAAUAUUUCAGAUCACCCCAAACUUCCUGCUAAUAAGUUGAGGAAUAAGAUCCAGGUUUUACGUUCUGUGUUUGACCAAUCAACUGAAAUGAAUGAAUGA